CGUGCUUGCCAAAUAGUCAAGCAAGCAACUAUGUUAUUAAGUGCAUCAGUUAUAAUUUAUUAUAAUAAAUCGGUGUUAAAAUUCACGAUUAUAUAAAAUUAAUUUUUGUUUUAUUAUUUUCUUCAACCAAAAGGUUCUUUUUUAAUUUUAAACUGAGUUUUUCUGAUCAGAAAGAUUUCAACUAGUCAAUUGACAUACUGUGUAUAGUCUAAAAUCGUAGUUGGGCUGUUCCUCGCCGAUUGUGAACGUUGUUCAGUGAGUUUAGCAAAGAACAGUUCAAAGAUUUAUCGUAUUCCGCCAUUGUUAUAAUUGAAUUCGAAACAUUCUAAUUAAUUUACAAUCCAUAAUAAAUACAUAACGUCUUAGUAUUGUUCAUUCAUCUUUAUUAUCCUGAUACAACGCGAGAAACAAGCGAAUUACUUUUUUGAGUGGUGCAAUGGUUCUACGCAUAGUUUGGCUCGUUUGAGUAGUGGGUUUCUAUCAUCACGUGUUCUGAAAUUUGAAAAAUAACUUUCAAAACUUUUCAAUAAAUAUUUAACACGUUUUAAUUCUUGUAAUCUGACAUUGAGUUGUGUUUUUCUUCAAGUAUAGUGUGUGUGAGUACUUCUUUUAUGGUUAUCGCAUUCCAAAAUGCGUUAGUUUCAUCGCUACUCCGGAUGUGUAACGAUACGGAAUGGUAAAGACAACGCAGAUCGUUAUUGCUAAUAUUUCUUGAUAUUACUCAUGUUUCGUGUGCUCUUUCAGUGAGUUAUUAUGAUAGUUGUGUGCUAAUGGAUUCAUUAUUUUGAAAAUUUGCGCCGAUUUUGUGGAAUAUGUGUAAAUACGUGAGGAUUUUGAUUGAAAGGUUGAGGUUAUUAUCUGCUAUCGGUUUAUUUCUGUUACCGGUAAUGAACAAUUCUUUAUAGAAUGUUGAAAUAUUGAAAUGAACUAUUGAAAAAUAUUUUUCAUUGUAUGAAUUGUCCUUGGAUGAAUUUUUAUCUGUAUCUUUCUGUGGAAUUUGGAGACUGAAAUGGUCCCACUUCCUCAUGAAUGAAUGGGACCACGAUUUGCCUCCCUGAGGCGCCUAAAUGUUGACAUGGCACCAGCUUUGACUGAUGCCAGGCAGACUCAGAACUUGAAUUCUUCACCUAGAACAGUUUCAUCGGAAUCAACUAUCAUUGUGAAUAAGAUAACUAAUGGAAAACAUGUGAAUGGUCUGCUCAACGGUGACUGCAUUAAAGGCUCUACACGUGUGAAUGGUGAUUCCGUUAAAACUGACGUAUUUCAUCAUCUCAACACAACUGAACAUAGAAUAUUAGAAUUAAGUAAUGGUUCCUUGAACAAACCAAAGAUAAAAUUUCAAACUCAGGAAACUUUUAAGGAAAGGAUAGAUACCCGAGAGGACGAAAGAGAGGCCUCGGAUAGUGUCUUGCUUCAUAUCGGUGGUUUUAUGAUGAACAAUAGUAGCCCAUCUAUGGGGGACUUGGAUGGAAACAUGGGUUUAAAUAAAUCUGAAGCAGAAUCAUUAAACUAUAUGAAAGAUAAGACUUGUUGUUCAACUGAUGUUGAUCAGUUGUUCAAAAAUUUUCAAAAUGUCGAUGAAAUACUUCAAGUUAUUAAAAGUAUGGAAUCAACUGGAACAGAUGGCGAAGCAGAUAUUUGUGCAAUGGAUCCAGGCCCAAGUAAUGAAGGUGAGAACUUAUUCCCUAUUGCUGAUACUGCUGACAUUACCAGUAGUCUUGGUAAUUUUGAAAAGGAACUUUUCAAUGAUGUUGAUGUAAUGAACAUUUGCGUGGAUGAAAAUCUAGGCGACAAUGGACUUGUUUCUGUUAAUAAAGAAACUAUGAUAACAGAAAAGUUGGAAGAUGUUGAAAAGAAACACCAUCACAUCGAAAGGAAAUUAGAUCGACUAAUGAGGAGACUGCGCAAAAUUCAAGCAAGGGAAAUCGGCAAACAAGCUAGUGAAGAAGUAACCGGCGUUCUGGAACAUCUGAGUAAAAUUGUCUCCACUCCUGAAUCAACUGCGGGUCGUCAGCACUCAACAGCCAGUGCAAGUAGUGAUAAAAUAAACAAACGAAAAACUGUCAAUGACAUUAGAUUGCUUAUGCGAAGAUUAGAUCAGGCGUCACAACAGCAAGCUUUAGCAGCGCAUAGGCAUUCGAAGUCAUACCGGUACUUCGGUUCAGGCUCCAAGGACAUCGCUAGUAGCAGCUCGGUGAAUAGUGCUAAUGGUUUGAAGAAUAAUGCUCUGACAGGAUCUGUGCUUCCCAAGUUGAGUGAUAAGGUGCGCAAUGAUGUGGAAACAACUGCCGGAAAUCUACAGUAUCAGUUGAAAUCUAUUGAAGAUGGAUUUGAUUCUGACGCCACUGCCAGCAGCUCGGGUGGCGAAAGCUGUGAUGAGAUGCAGUCUUACAACAAUCAACAUCAGCAGCAACUUACUAUCUCGAAGCGAGCAGCAUGGCGGUGGGCAGUGGAGAGGGCGGAGGUGGCAAGUCGGUGGGGGUGGAUGCAGGCGCAGAUCUGGGAUCUGGACUACCGCAUCAAGAAGAUGUCGGACGCCCAGGCGGGGCUGCGUCUCGCCAAGGGAGAGGUCAGGCUGCUGGGGCCCGAGCCCACUGACGAGGCCAUUGUUGUCAACGGCUAUCACAGCGGUGGCGGCAGCAGUGACUUAUCAGCGGGGGGUAGCGGGGGAUCGAGUCGCACGCGGCCUCUGGUUCGGUCGGUGUUUGGCAAACGCAAGCUGGUGCACGCGGACGGCGCGGGUGUGCGCGGCAAGAAGAGCGCGCGACCGACGACGGUUCGGUGCGGCUGUCAGGUGCCGCCGCAGACGCCCUGCAUCAUGUGCGACCCCCCGCGUCCCACGCCGUCCGCCCACCCGCAUCACGACCUCAUGUCCGUCAACGAGCGGAUAGCCAUGCUCGAUCCCGCCUUCCAUCCCGUGCUCUCGUUUCCUUCCGAUGUGUCUCAAAGUAUCCAUUUCGAGGCGCUGAUGAAGAACCCGGACUGGCAGCAGAAGGCGAUGCGGAGCAGCAUCAAGCUGUUGCGAGCAAUGGAGUCUGUGCACGGAGGCGGUGGCAGCGGUGGAGCCCUGGACGGGGGUGGCAACCUGGCUGAGAGGCGGCAUCACAAGCUGAAGAGGCCACCGGGAGGCGGCAUCGCUACCCUCUUUCCCACCACCUCAUCCUCCACAUCGUCCACCUCCUCCUCCUGCUCCUCCUCCACUCUCCUCACCAACUCGUCCUCCUCCGAACAACAGCCGCAACAGCCACCGCCCCCUUCCACCCGGCGCAGGAAGUACACCCGCGGACUCGAGAAAUCCACUGCCAACGCACUCUCAAAAAAAAUCAAGAAGAAACUAAAACUAGCACGAGGCAGAAAGGCGAAAUCUCUCCGAGAUCCCAACUACCGCCCAAUCAAUCGAAUAAAUCAUAGAAAGCGGGUUCCCAGGGUUCCAGACAAUGAAACAGAUGAGUUGGACGGCCUGGAUGACUAUUAUAAAAUGGUGCCUGGCUCAAAUGUGCUGAACAGCAACCAUGCAUCACCCGCACCCUCCCCAACGCCUACCAGUGCUGGCAGCAAGGAGUACACCAGGAGAAAGAGAGAAAAUUCCUACGACAUUGACAAUAUUGUCAUACCUUACAGUGUUGCGUCAGCAACGAGAUUAGAAAAGUUGCAGUACAAGGAAAUUUUAACGCCCAUAACUAGUCAUGAUAGUGAUACGGAAGACAUAAGUGAGGAGACUAUGAUUGAGAGGCAUGAUAGAUGCGAGGUGGCCGAGAAGAAGAAAUUUUCAACGUACCUGAAAUUGCCAAAUAGUAUGAGAGGCAGACACCGGAGGACGGACAGUCGAGCUGAAAGUAGUGGCGCCAAUACUCCUGAUCCGAUGUCUCCGAGCACAGUGGAGACGAAAGAUGGUGGCGGGGGCGGUGGAGGUGGCUCACCAAUAACCUCACCGCCCGUCACUCCGCUGUCGGCGGCUCCGCCUCCCGACCCCGAGGCACCGCCCGCCCCCACUGCCACCGGGCCCGGUCGUCGUCGUACCGUUUCGCUGUCCCGCCUCGCCAUGCCGCCCGCCAAAGAGAAAGACGACACUCGGCCCAACACGCCCGACAAUGUCGAGGUGAUGCCGUACGAAAGGAGAGUGUUUCCUCUCUCGGAUGAUGUCUAUGAGCAAAUGUUGAAGGACAUGCCCACAGAUCAUCCUUUUCUUCCUAUCACCAACAGUGACGCCACAUCGCCUCUUCGAAAAGAUUCUGAGUUGGACUCGGAGUUUGGCGGGAGCGAGCGAGCGCCGCAGUCACCGGCGAUGAGUGACACGACCGAGUCUGCUCCCGAGGAGGACCCCAACGACCCCGAGUGGACCUUUGUCCCCUCCCAGGCUCCCUCCAAGGGCUCCUCUUGUACAUAGACUUACAUUUCUAAUAUUUUUUUUUUAUUAUUUUUAUAGCGUUGUUUAUAUUGUUUACUCUUUGGCGUAAUCGGCUUGAAAGAAUAAAGCCACGUUUUUUAUUUGGCAAUUGAAUUUGAAAUAAUUUCUCAGAAUAUGUAAGUGCGUUAUUUACAUGUUGUUUUAAAAACUGUGAUCGGUAGUAUUGUUUUUCUGGCAAACUGCCUCAUAAAUCGUAAUACAGCAAAGUCUAUCAAGUAAGAAUAAUUAUUAAGAUUAGAGCGACCAUCUGACUUCUCCAAAGUUUUUAUCAAUAAAAUAUUUAUAAUUAUUGGGUUCAAUUCAACUUCAACUCUUUAACAAGAAAAAGUUAUUGAAUAAGUUUCGUUUUUAUUAUUCUAUUUAUGAAAGUAUAUUGAAAAAUCUAAAAAACCUACAUUCUUACAGUAAGUUUUUGUAACAUAGACUAAUAAUCCAAUUCCAAAGUUAUCAGUAAUCUUAUUGUGAACUCUUGAGAUGUUUAUUUCACUAUUUAUUCUAUGCACAACCAGUUGGAUAUUGUAGUCUAGCAACUGAAAUGUGUAAAUAACAUCUAUUUGAAUAGAAUCUAUUUUUUGAAGUAAUGUGAUGUAAAAUACCAUGCAGUGUAGUGGUGUUUUUUCUUUUCUUUAAAAAUCUGCUUCAAGUGGUGCAGUAUAUGUAGGCCUAAAUUUGCAUAAUGGUGAUAGCGGUAAUAUAUUUUUUAUUUUUAAAUUCUGUUUAAAUUGAAAUAUAAAAUGUAGGCUACGCAAUUUUUAUUUUCAAGUAAGCAUAAAGUAACAUACGGUAAUAUCUAAAUAAUUAUAAAUCGAUCUAUUUUUGAGAGCUCCUAAAAUAUUUUUGUUUCAUAGACUAUAAUUAUGUAUUUUAAUCGAUAAAAUUACUUCCUCGAUUAGUGGAGUUCAUAAUGAUUUAAGAGUUUACAUUGUUUGCUGUAUAAAAAUUGAACAUACAGAAAUUGUCAAUUUAUGUCUAGAAUUCUAAGAUGUUUGUACCUGUUCACUAAUUCAUUGCAUCUUUGACAUAGACGCUUUUAAUCUAAUUCGUUUCAUUUGCUUCUUAUUGCAAAAGUCAUUGUAGUUCUUAUGAAUAGAACAAAUUUUGUUGAGUUCCUAGUAACUUAAUCCUGAAUUACAUAAGGUAAAACUGUAUCAUUUUUCGUCAUCGUAUUAUUUUUCCAUAGACUAUAUUCCUCACUAAACCGCUUGUUGAUAUUAAUAGCCAGUUUUUUGUAGCAGGUGUCUGCUUGCUACUUCUGGGCAUUAUCAUAUUCGUUAGUCAAUAAAAAAGAUGCUAUUAUUUAAAAAUUAUCAAUCUUGUGCAGUUUCUCUGUUUUUAAUUCUUAUCUAGAACCAUUAUUUAGAUAACAUAUUUAUCCAUUAAUUCACAAACAUACAUUAAAUUGAUUUACGUUUUGAUUACGUUUUAUUCAACUGACGUUGGAAAAUAAGUGUAAUAUUUUAUUUUAGUUACUUAAAUUGAGUUUUUAAAAAAUCUUUGAACCAUAGUUCUAUUAUCAAUUCAAAACUGGUGAAUACUUUUAAUAAUUUCUUAUUUUUUAUCAAUGUGAAAUUCAUAAAUUUACAUUCUUUUCAAGUGAAGGUUGUAGCAAGAUAUAAAUUAAUUUUGGUUACUAUGUUGAAUAAAGAUAAAUUCAGUUGGAAAUAGAGUAUAAUUUUGAAACUAAUUGCCAUGAAUUAGUUGACUUAUCCACUUAAAGUGUGAUUUUUAACAAUUGUUGUAAAUUUUCGUUUUUAAUUUCUUGUUAUUCUGCUAUUAAAUCUUGUUUUCUUCGCGUUGAAUUUUUGUUUUUCGUUUAAAACUUCAUUUGUUCGGAGAAUAUUGUAUAGUUAUUACAAACGAGUAUGGUUUGGACAUGAAAAGUACAUUAUAUUAAUGAAGAAGUCAUUCCUUCUGCUACUGACUAGGCUGUACAUAUAAAGCCAUUAGAAAACCUAGUAAAUUAACAUGUUCAAAAAUGAGUGCUGAGUUGAUGGAAUCGCCAUCCUGUGUGAUACACAUUCAUUUUACAGAACAUAAUUUUCAAUUUUUUAUAAGUAGCUCUCCUUCCUGUUGGUGAUUAUUUUAUAACUAUUACUUAUUUGUAAGAAUCUGAGAAUAAAACUUGAAAAUACAACAUUCUUUUAAAUUAUAGUUUCCUAAAACAUUAAUACGUUUUAUGAGUUCAAUAAGAAUAAUCGUACUCAUUGCCUCUGUGGGAAGUAUUUAAUUUCUCCACGCCUAGAAAAUAAUUGAAGGCUUCAAUUAUUUUCAAAUAAUGAUUUAUCAAAUUUAUUCUUUAUGAGUUGUUCAGUAAUAAUUAUUAAUAAUUUCUCCUUCAGUAUAAACCAACCUUUUUUAGCUCGAUCUUGUUCACAUUUAUUCAUGCAAUAAGUCACACAUCUUGAAAUACAAUACCAUUGGGAGAGGCGUCAGGCUGAGCCUACAACUGUCUCUUCCAAAUUUUGAUGAACGUUUUCAAAACAAGGUUAUGUAUUCACUUUUCUAAAUUUUUCGACUGAAAUGUAUGCUUAGCCAUCAAUCUUCUUGAUACUUCUCGAUUUUUUUAAAUAUUUUAUUUUAAUCUUUAAGUAUGAUAAAAAACAAUAUUUCUUAAAUGCAGAUAAGGUGCGCUGCCUCACGAAUGGAAGGUUCAACUGUUAGAUUUAAUAAUCUCUGUAAAAUUUCUUUGUAAAUAACGACAUUUUUAAUCGACAUCCAAUUAUUGUAUUUAAUUUUUCGUCUAUGUCGUAAUUAUUUGUUUUUUAUCUGUCGGAAAUUGAAAAAAAUACAAUAGCGAUUGAUAUUAUGAGCACUUUUCUUAUGGAAGUGUAAGUGAUUAGAAUAUCUAUAGAUUAUCAUAAAAUAGUGUGUGCCUACUGUAUAUUUUUUGUUAACUGUUAAUAAUAAGAAAAUCUAUGAUAUAAUACUAUAUUGUUUAUGUAAUCUUCAUGUUAGUAAGACUGACCCAUUACAAUAUUACGAAAGAUGGAAGUUUGUAUUGAUUUAUAAAAACAGAAACUUUGAUGAUAAAAUACAUAAUGAACUAAACGUAUAUGUUAAAAUGUUACCAUCAUUUCAAAUUCAAAGAGAAAACGAGAAAAAAUAAAUUUGUUCAUGAAUAAAAUAUUCAACACUCGAA